CUUGGGGCUGUUGCCAUGGUGUUUUACUUCACGUCCAGCGUUGUCCCCUCUGCUUACACCAUUUACAUGGGAAAAGAUAAAUAUGAAAAUGAAGACCUAAUAAAGUAUGGCUGGCCAGAAGACAUUUGGUUCCAUGUGGACAAGCUCUCCUCUGCUCAUGUCUACCUCAGGCUACACAAGGGGCAAACAGUGGAUGACAUCCCGAAAGAGGUUUUGAUAGAUUGUGCACACCUGGUGAAGGCCAACAGCAUUCAAGGCUGCAAAAUGAACAACGUCAACGUUGUGUACACCCCGUGGACUAAUCUAAAGAAAACAGCAGACAUGGACGUGGGACAGAUCGGGUUCCACAGACAGAAGGACGUGAAGACGUUGACAGUGGAGAAGAAGGUGAACGAGAUCUUGAACCGACUGGAGAAGACCAAAACGGAGCAAUUCCCAGACCUGUGUGCAGAGAAGGAGGCCCGUGACCGGGAGGAGAGGAACGAGAAGAAGGCCCAGAUCCAGGAGAUGAAGCGGAAAGAGAAGGAGGAGAUGAAGAAGAAAAAAGAGAUGGAGGAACUCAGGAAUUACUCUUCCUUAAUGAAGGCUGAAAACAUGUCCUCGAAUCAGGAUGGCAAUGACUCGGACGACUUCAUGUAAACCAAGGCGCUCACCUUUCAGAAGACGAAGAUGGACCGUGACAUCAUAGCUCUUUGACGCUGAUGGCAAAAACAAGCAAGUGAACCUUGGGAGUCUCCGCACUUGUUUCCUCGUUGGCCACGUCUGGGAGGAGGUGGGCUAAUCCUCCUCAAGUGAGCAUCCCCUUGGAUGCUCUGAGAACGUGAGCUCUGUCUUGUAAGCCACUAUGAUGUGUGUGUUAUCUGGGGGAUGGGAAAGAGGAGGCUGCUUCUGGAAGCU